GCUGUCAUCUGCAAAAAAAAAAGGUGGCAUAAUCCAUUUUUAAAGGCACCGGGCUUUUUCCUUCCUUCUUCCAGGAUUUUUUUUUUUUUUAAAUUUUCUACAAGUGUUGUGACUGACUGAGAGCUUUCAUUAUAUAAAAACGACACAAAACGGAAUGUUUUUGACAUUAUUCAUUGUAAAGCUCUGACGCUUCAUUCACCCGAACUGACAGCAAUUCCUCCUUUCCAGAGGAGGUUUUUUUUCCCUCCGUUUGAAGGGGUGGAUACGGCUGGAGAGGUGGGGGGUGGAUGGGGGGGGGGGGAUAGCCAGGAAAAGUGGAUGUCGCGACUGUGCGAUCUGUCCCGUUUUCACCGGGACCCGUGUUGGUGGUGAGCCGCCGCGGAGCCGUUUGUGGGAGUGUCGCACGUACGCGAGGAUAGUUUGUCCUGGAUUUUUUCAAUCAUUUGCAAGAUAAGGCUCCCGGACCUCCUUCUCCGCGUCGACUCUAUCCUCCCUUCCUCAUCCUCCCGGUUUGUCUUCCUCACGUACCUCCGUGAUUUCACCGCGGUCCGUACGCGGGGUUGAGGCUCGCGUUCGCCGCGAGAGGACUGAACGCAGCGCGCGAGGCCCCCCGGCCCCCUCCCCCACUCUCAAACCCCCUUCAGAUCAUCUCCUCACCUCCCUCUCAUUUCCCCCUUCUUCUUCUUAAUAUUUUACCUCAGAGAAGAAGAAUAAAGGGGUUUUUCGCGCCUUUUUUCCAACGGCCACUCGAGCGAGGUGGUAUUUUUGUAUUUUUUUCUGGUUUCUGAAGCCCCAACGAGGCCAGUAAAGCUGUGGGGAUGACUUUAGAGUCGAUGAUGGCCUGCUGCCUGAGCGAAGAGGCCAAGGAGUCGAAACGGAUCAACGCCGAAAUCGACAAGCAACUGCGUCGAGACAAAAAAGACUCGAGACGGGAGUUGAAGCUGCUUCUGCUCGGCACGGGUGAGAGCGGCAAGAGUACGUUCAUCAAACAGAUGCGUAUCAUCCAUGGCACCGGAUACACAGACGAGGACAAACGUGGCUUCACCAAGCUGGUGUACCAGAACAUCUUCACCUCCAUGCAGGCCAUGAUCCGCGCCACCGAGAACCUGAAAAUCGGUUACAAGUACGAGCAGAACAAGGCAAACGCUAAUCUGGUGAAGGAGGUGGACAUUGAGAAGGUGAUGUCAUUCGAUCACCCCUACAUUAAUGCCAUAAAGAUGCUCUGGACAGAUCCAGGCAUUCAAGAGGCCUACGACAGACGCCGGGAGUACCAGCUGUCAGACUCCACGAAAUACUAUCUAACUGAUCUGGAUCGUAUCUCCGAGUCCUCCUACCUUCCCACCCAGCAGGAUGUUCUGAGGGUUCGAAUCCCGACCACAGGGAUUAUUGAAUACCCGUUCGACCUUCAAAGCAUCAUUUUCAGGAUGGUUGAUGUGGGGGGUCAGAGGUCAGAGCGCAGGAAGUGGAUCCACUGUUUUGAGAAUGUGACAUCCAUCAUGUUUCUGGUGGCUCUGAGCGAGUACGAUCAGGUUCUGGUAGAAUCGGACAAUGAGAAUCGUAUGGAGGAGAGCAAGGCUCUGUUCAGGACGAUAAUCACAUAUCCAUGGUUCCAAAACUCCUCUGUCAUCCUCUUCCUCAACAAGAAGGACCUGCUGGAGGAGAAGAUCUCUUACUCUCACCUGGUCGACUAUUUCCCAGAGUUUGAUGGGCCCCAGAGGGACGCCCAGGCCGCACGGGAGUUCAUCCUGAAGAUGUUUGUGGAUCUGAACCCUGACAGCGACAAGAUCAUCUACUCGCAUUUCACCUGCGCCACCGACACGGAGAACAUCCGCUUUGUGUUCGCGGCGGUGAAAGACACCAUCCUGCAGCUAAACCUGAAGGAGUACAACCUGGUGUGAGACGUGACGAGUCCGACACCGCUCUCACGACUCGGCAUAGAACAGGCACCCACAGAGCGUGCGCACACCUACGUCCACAACACACACUCACACACACACACACACACAGGCAUCAUGUACACCUUCAAAACACGACGUUCUUUUAAUUUCUCUUUCCCAGCUUCCAGAGUUUUUCUCUUUCUGUCCAGCGGAAUCGUAACAGACGUGUCCUGCUCAUCGUUUAUUUUUUUAUUUGUUUGCCAAAGUCUGUCCGCUCAGCCCCGGCAGCUCUCGUCAAAGGCCUCUUUCCCUUUUAUCAAAUUUGACCACCGAAACGUGGCUUGGAUUUGACAAAGGGCGUUAGACUCCGACUCGCCACUCCCAGCGUUUGCGUAUUUCAAGGAAAUGUUGGAUUGGCGGAGCUACGAUGAGAACGAUCUGUUAUGCGCUGGCCUGAAAACCUGGAUGUGAUGUUCCUUCCUCUUCCUGUACUAU